AUUUCGAUAAGCUUCUGGUUAACAAUGUGUUGUUAUUCACUACCAUUGAAUGGAUGAAAGGAUUGCUUUAACAUCGUUUUGCUUUAUCAUAAUUAGAAAGGAGUCGAACCCAAAUUUCUUUUUUUGAGGGUUUGAGUCCAUUUCUUGAUUUAUAUCUGCUUUUUUGUGUAUCUUUUUCCCUAACUCACUAUUUGGUCAUUUUUUAGCUACCCCAAUUGUGCUGAAUUCUUAUAUAUAUUUAUAUAUUUCUUCCAUCCUACUGAAGAAGAUUGGACAAACAAAUGCAGGAUUUUGAGUGAAAUAAACAUCUUCUUUAGUAGCAUUUAGAAGAAGAAAAUAAUACAAGAAAGAUGGCCGCAAAGGUGAAAGGCCUAUUAAAGGCCUUAGGUAUUUCUCAGAUGUUUGAAGAGGAAAAAGAACCAGAAAUGCAGAUUGGUCUUCCUACAGAUGUAAAGCAUGUUGCCCAUAUUGGAUGGGAUGGACCAUCCGUUGAAUCUCCCAGCUGGAUGAAAGAAUUCAAAGAACCAGGAAAAUUUCAUACAGCCCCUUUGGGUCCUCCACUUGAUUCUAAUGAUCAUCCAGAUAACAGAUCAUGUGUUUCCGAAGAUGCAGAUGCAAACCAAAAGUACAAGAAUGCAAAUUCUUCAUUACCCGAUGACCAACCAGAAGUGUCAAAGACAUCAAGGCGCCAUUCGUCAUCAGAAACUGGGAGUGGAAGCAGUAGUUCUCCAAAGAAAGCCAGGAGUACCAGGCGACACAAAGAGUCGUCCGAAGGUUCAUCAAGAUCAAGCCGACACAGCCGGCCUGGGUCAGGUGGUGGCGGCUCUGAUUCUCCAGCAAGGGACCUACCGGACAUACCUAAAAAGACACGGCGGAAGAAAUCCAAGGAGGAUGGUGGAAUGGGGUCCGGAUCAUCUACCAGGACCUCUAAACCCAAAGGAACCUCCUCUUCUAGUACAGCACAAAUGGAUCCUGGACCAGACACAGGAUGUGACAGUUCCAUAUUAAGUUCAAGAAACUGUGAGAUAGAGCAACAAGAACAUAAGAUGGAGUAAAAUUAACUCAGUCAAUUUUGUGUAGUCAAGUUAAAAACUGGGCACCUGUUUUGAAACCCCACAAUUUUCCUUCACAUUGAUUAGAACCUAUUUUACAAUACAACGUUUUGAUAUAUCUUAUAUGUAGAUUCAGUCUCCUUCCUAGUUUUUUUUUUCUUUUUCUUUUUCCUUUCUGGCAUUCCUUUAUUCUGAAUCUAUCGCAGCACAAAAUACAUCAUUACCCUGUAUCCAACUUAUAUUUGCUUCUUAAUCGAAGUUGGUCAUCAUUGUGCCAUGGAAAUUAUUCCCUUGAUAAUAUA